AUGAGUGAGAGCGGUUAUACAUUGAUCUAUGACCCCAAUUCGGCGAGUAAAGUCUCGGUCAAUGAGUUUAAGACGCUCUUGGAGAAAGGAAAAGACGAUGUUAAAGUCGACACUAUGAAAAAGAUCUUAAUUGCGAUUCUUAACGGCGACUCUAUGCCCGACUUGCUUAUGCAUAUUAUAAGAUUUGUAAUGCCUUCAAAGAAUAAGGAAUUGAAGAAAUUACUAUAUCAUUAUUGGGAAGUGUGUCCCAAACUCGACGAGUCAGGUAAGAUGAGACACGAGAUGAUUCUUGUGUGCAAUGCUAUCCAGCGUGACUUGCAACAUCCCAACGAAUACAUUAGAGGAAACACAUUGAGGUACUUGACCAAAUUGAAAGAGCCAGAGUUGUUGGAAACUUUAGUGCCAAACGUACGUCAGUGUCUUGAGCACCGUCAUGCUUACGUUCGUAAGAAUGCAGUUUUUGCAUUGUGGUCCAUCUACAAGGUUAGUGACCACUUGUGUCCCGAUGCUGAUGAGUUAAUCUACAGAUUUUUGUACGAUGAAAAUGAUGCUGUUUGCAAAAGAAAUGCAUUUGUGUGUCUUGGGGACUUGAACAGAGAUGCAGCAUUGCAGUAUAUUCAAGAUAACGUUAGUGUUAUUGAAACAUUGGAUCCGUUAUUGCAAUUAGCUAUUGUUGAAUUUAUAAAGAGGGACUCGUUGAAGAACCUGGGAUUGAAGCAACAAUAUGCACAAUUGGUGACUGAGAUUGUCGAGAGCUCUUCAAAUGUUGUUAUGUACGAAGCUGCAAACACCUUGACUGUGUUGACAUCAGACGCAGCAUCGAUUCUUCUUGCUGGAAACAAAUUUGUUGAGUUGGCAACAAAGGAGGCCGACAACAAUGUAAAGAUUAUCACAUUGGACAGAAUCAGAGAUUUGAACAAAGAACACCCAGGUGUAUUGCAGGAUUUGUCUUUGGAAAUCUUGAGAGUAUUGUCCUCACAAGAUUUGGAUGUGAGAAAGAGGGCCUUGGAUGUUACAAUGGAAUUUAUCACAUCAAGAAACGUUGAGGAUGUGGUGAAACUUCUCAAGAAGGAGCUUCAAGCAACAAGCACUUCCAACGAUGAAAAAAAUGCAGAGUACAGGCAAUUGCUUAUCAAUGCAAUUCACCAAUUGGCAAUCAAAUUCUCAGAAGUUGCAGCCAAUGUUAUUGAUUUGUUAUUGGAUUCUAUUGCAGAUUUGAACUCAACCGCCGCAUACGAAGUCAUUACAUUUGUCAAGGAAGUUGUUGAGAAGUUCCCCGAGUUGAGAGAUACCAUUAUAAAGAGAUUAAACUCUGCAUUUCCACACAUCAAGAGUGGUAAAGUGUUUCGUGGCGCUUUAUGGGUCAUUGGUGAGUAUGCUCUUGGAGAACAGCUUUUGCAAGAUUCUUGGAAACAGAUUAGAGCAAGCAUUGGAGAAGUGCCAAUUCUUGCCAGUGAGAUUAGAGCGAAAGAACCACAACACGAAAGCGAACAAGGUGAGGACUCCGAAGAACACCACAGGAAGAAAGGCCCCACAGUCUUACCUGAUGGUACCUAUGCAACGGAAACAGCGUUUUCUUCAGAGAGUUACGAAAGUCAAGAUAGUGAAUCCAAGCCACCACUUAGAAAACAUUUACUUGCUGGUGAUUUUUACCUCGGUGCUGUAUUAUCUUCUACAUUGGUUAAAUUGAUUCUUCGAUUACAGGAGUUGAACACACAAGAAAGAAUCUUGAACGCUUCAAAAGCCGAGGCAUUGUUAAUUAUGGUUUCUAUAAUCAGACUUGGAGAAAGUUCGUUGGUUUCAAAAAAGAUCGAUGAAGAUUCUGCUGAUAGAAUUGCAACAUACAUCAGGAUCUUAAACGAUGAAAAAGAUGCCAGCUUCAUUACUUCCAGUUUCCUUGAUGAUACAAAAGACGCAUUUAAGUCGCAAAUCAAUGAUGCCGAGGUUAAAAAGGCCGAAGCGGAAGCUAAGGAUAUGAUGGAACAUGCCGAGCAAAUUGAUGACUCCAUUGUGUUUAGACAGUUGGAUAAGGACAAUAGAGCGGGCACAAAAGCGCUCGAUGACAUUGCCUCUGCCUCCGGGUCCGAUACCAAGAAAGAGAAUUUGUCUUCGAGAUUGAACAAGAUUUUGCAAUUGACUGGUUUCUCAGAUCCAAUUUACGCAGAGGCGUUUGUCAAAGUUCACCAGUACGAUGUAGUACUCGAUGUGUUGUUGGUGAACCAAACAACAACCACAUUACGAAAUUUGUCAGUUGAAUUUGCUACAUUGGGUGACUUGAAGGUGGUUGAUAAGCCAACAACGGCAAAUAUCGGCCCUCAUGGUUUUUACAAGAUGCAAACUACAAUCAAAGUUACCUCCGCAGACACCGGUGUGAUAUUCGGAAACAUUGUUUAUGACGGACAACACUCUGACGAGUCCACGAUUGUGAUUUUGAAUGAUGUCCAUGUUGAUAUCAUGGACUACAUUAAACCUGCCACUUGCUCAGAAAGUCAAUUCCGUAAGAUGUGGAAUGAAUUUGAGUGGGAGAACAAGAUUACCAUCAAAUCGCCAAUUGGUUCCUUAAGAACCUACCUCGAGGAGUUGAUGAAGGGCACGAAUAUGAAGUGUUUGACGCCAGGUGCAGUGAUUGGCGAAGAGUGUCAAUUCUUAUCUGCUAAUUUGUAUUCACGCUCGACAUUUGGCGAAGAUGCAUUGGCUAAUUUAUGUAUAGAAAAACAGAGUGAUGGUCCAAUUAUCGGACACGUGAGAAUCAGAUCAAAGGGUCAAGGUUUGGCAUUGAGUUUGGGUGACAGGGUUGCGUCGAUCUCGAAAAAAGGGAAAAACACACCACUUGUAAAAGUUUAA